CGUCGCUAGCCACACCUCGCGAGACUCCGCGGCUCAGCAAUGGCGAGACCAUGAAUGCCGCCGACGGAAGUCAGGAGAAGAGGCUGGGACGGGGUUCGGGCGAGAUCAAGCUGUGGGAGAUUCGGCAGGACAGGGCCGCCUGAAGGGAAGCGGCGGCUGGGGGCUCGAUGCCUCUACGGGCCCAGACAGCCAUCCGCGACCAAGCUCCCGCCUCUUCCCCAGAUGCCGCGUCACUGCUCCGCCGCCGGCUGCUCUACACGGGAUACGCGCGAGACGCGCAAUCGCGGCAUCUCCUUCCACAGACUUCCCAAAAAGGACAACCCAAGGCGAGGCUUGUGGCUGGCCAACUGCCAGAGGCUGGACCCCAGCGGCCAGGGCCUAUGGGACCCAGCAUCCGAGUACAUCUACUUCUGCUCCAAACACUUUGAGGAAAACUGCUUUGAGCUGGUGGGAAUCAGUGGGUACCACAGGCUAAAGGAGGGAGCAGUUCCCACGAUAUUUGAGUCUUUCUCCAAGUUGCGCCGGACAACCAAGACCAAGGGGCACAGUUACCCACAUGGUCCCCCUGAUGUCAGUCGGCUACGGCGAUGCAGGAAGCGCUGCUCUGAAGGCCGAGGGCCCACAACUCCUUUUUCACUGCCUCCACCUGCUGAGGUCACCUGCUUUCCUGUGGAAGAGGCCUCUGCACCUGCUGCUUUACCUGCCUCCCCCACUGGGAGGCUGGAGCCUGGCCUUAGCAACCCCUUCUCAGACCUCCUGGGGCCUCUGGGUGCCCAAGCGGAUGAAGCAGGCUGCAGUGCCCAGCCUUCACCAGAGCGGCAGCCAUCCCCUCUUGAGCCACGGCCUGUCUCACCCUCAGCCUACAUGCUGCGCCUCCCACCACCUGCUGGAGCCUACAUCCAGAAUGAGCACAGCUACCAGGUGGGCAGUGCCCUGCUCUGGAAGCGUCGGGCUGAGGCUGCACUUGAUGCCCUGGACAAGGCCCAGCGCCAGCUGCAGGCCUGCAAGCGGCGGGAGCAGCGGCUGCGGCUGCGGCUGACUAAGCUACAGCAGGAGAGGGCGCGAGAGAAGCGGGCACAGGCAGAUGCCCGCCAGACUCUAAAGGAGCAUGUGCAGGACUUUGCCAUGCAGCUGAGCAGCAGCAUGACCUGAAUGAGGGGCCACUGGAUCCAAAGCUGUCUGAGGGGCUGCCCUCCAGGGCUCCAGCCUCUUCGUCAGAAUCCAACUGGAAAGGAACCUGAUCUGGGCUGCAUCCACCAGACCUACUAGAUGCCAUAAUAAAGUGGAUUCUAG